AUGGGCGACCAAGCUACCCCCGAGUUCUCAACCUCUCUUGUCCUUCCCGCCUUCAACGAGCCCCUAAAGCUCGAGAAGACCCCUCUUCCCAAGCCUGUUUCUCCUGGGUCAGUUAUUGUCCGUGUCCUAAGCACCCCGGUACGCCCUCAUCAGCGCGAAGGCUUCAAAGGGAAUAGCCCGCUUUCCUUCAAACCCCCAUAUAACCCUGGAGACGGGGGCGUUGGCCGCGUCGUAUCCGUCGGGCCCGACGCUGUCGCUCUCACACCUGGUGAGCUUGUCUACAUGAACACCACCAUCACGGCAAGAGAUGAUCCUAACAUCCGAGUCCUACUGGGUCUUCAUGAUGGCGGUGGUCCCGAAGCUGACUUGAAGCUUUUCAAUCUCUGGAAAGGCUUUUGGAGAGACUUUGCUGUUGUUGCCGCGGAGAAUGUCAUCCCUCUGAAUGAGAAGAUUCUCAUCAAUGAGAUGGGUUACUCCUUUGGAGACCUGAACUACAUCCAGCGCCUCUCUGUCGCAUACGGCGGAAUCAGAGCCGCCAAUCUUCAAGCUGGCGAAACUGUUAUUGUUGCUCCUGCUACAGGACACUUUUCCGGCGCGGUCGUCGAACUGGCAGCCCAGAUGGGCUGUCGCGUCAUUGCACUUUCGCGCUCAGCCUCUAAGCUUAAUCCUCUCACGUCUCGCUACCAUCGGGUUGCCGCUGUUGAACUGACUGGUGAUGAGAAGAAAGAUGCCGAGGCCAUUGGCGCACUUGUACCCGGAGGCGCUGAUGCUUACAUUGACGUUUCUCCGCCCGCAGCGACAGCUUCACAUCAGCACCUCAAUAUUUCCAUCAACUCCCUAGCACCCUACGGACGUGUUGUCUUUUUGGGUUUGAUGUUCGAUAUCAAGAUCAACUAUGCUAGCCUCAUGCUUCGCAAUAUCACGAUCAAAGCGCAGUUCAUGUACACGCGCCAGGAGUUGGUAUCUUUGGUCAAGAUGAUUGAAACGGGAGUUGUCAAACUGGGUCAGGAAGCUGGGCACGAGAUUGUCGAGAAGGGAUUCGCUAUGGAAGAAUGGGAGAAGGCGGUCACUGUUGCAGAGACGGCUAUGGCUUGGGGUCAGCAGGUUUUGCUAUAUCCCUAUUCAAAAGCCUUGGUGGAUUCACCCAAUACUUCCAAGUAG